AUGUCGGGCGUUUGGGUGUUCAAGAACGGCGUGGUGCGCCUGGUGGAGAACGGCGCGGCGGCGGGCGGCGAGGCGGUGCGGCGGCGGAAGGCGCUGGUGCACACGCCGAGCGGGCAGGUGGUGCGGUCGUACGCGGAGCUGGAGUCGGAGCUGCGGGCGCUGGGGUGGGAACGCUACUACGAGGAUCCGGCGCUGUACCAGUUCCACAAGCGCGGGUCCCUGGACCUCAUCUCCCUCCCCGCCGACUUCGCCAGGUUCUCCUCCGUCCACAUGUACGACAUCGUCAUCAAGAACCGCGACUCCUUCAGGGUCGUCGACGUCUGA